UAACUGAUUAUAUUUUAUGUCAUGGUGAUUGAGAUGUAAUUGCACUGAAAAAAACUUCUGCUACAUUUAUCCAAUCAUGGAGAAAACACGAAAACGGAAACCAGCAAAAAUCUUUCCUGAAUCCAGAUCAAGACGUUUGGUAGAGAUGGCAGUCAAAGGAAAUCAUUCAACACAACCAACUUUCUACAAACAGCAUAUUAAGGCUCCUUGUAACAAUGGAAAUGAUAAUGUCGAUGAUGUCCCCAUAGUGACAGAAAAAACUCCAAUUAUGUCUGAUUUUGAUAAUAUCCACAGCUUAGAAACCACUACAGAAACGCCACAAGAUAAUACAACUGAUGCUUCACACCUGAAUGAAACUCAUCUCACUCAACCAACUUCUGACAAACAGCAUGAGGCUCCGUGUAACAAUCUUUAUGGAAAAAAUUGUUCUAAUGAUGUCCCCAAAGUGACAGAAGAAACUUUCGAGUAG